UGAAUCGUAAGCGGUGUUUGUCUUCGACUUCUCCAGCCGUCAAACUGCUUUCCCGGCGUCCAUUAAUGAGAUUUAAUGACCUAACAAUCCAUCACAGGACAACAAUGGAAUAACAGCUUCUGUUCUAAAGGAUUUAAAACUUUUUUUUCAAUGUUUUUACCGACUUAAUAACCGCCAACAUACACUUUACAAUGCCUCGUCUAUGUGUACAGUGUUAGCUAACGCUGCUAGCCGCUGUCAUUAGCUUAGCCGGUAAACUUGUCAACACCGUGAGGACUAUAAUGGAGUAUGAUAACGAAGCGUCCAGCGAGGUUCAGACUGUUUCCUCUGAUGUUCCGUCUGAUGUUCCUUCUGAUGUUCCCAGGACACCAAACACUGAGCUGAGGAAACUUCUGUCCUUUAAAUUGUACAAGAGGAGGUGGUUUGUCCUGUUGGUGCUGUGUCUGUUGAACUGCUCCAACGCCACGAUAUGGCUGACCUUUGCACCAGUAGCAGACCAGUCUGCCCAGUUUCUGAAGGUCAGUCUGGAGAAAAUCAACUGGUUGUCACUGGUCUACAUGGUGGUGGCCAUACCCUUCAGCCUUGGGACCACGUGGAUGCUGGACUCCGUCGGGCUACGCUCCACGCUGAUUUUAGGAGCCUGGCUGAACAUGUUCGGAGCCCUGCUGCGCUUCUUCGGGACACCAGCGGGGGGGGGCUAUGAAAUCAAGUACCAUUUUGCGAUGAUGGGUCAGACCCUUGGUGCCUUCGCUCAGCCCUUCAUCAUCUUCACCCCCACCAAGCUGGCAGCUCUCUGGUUCCCUGACCACCAGCGCGCCACAGCUAACAUGAUCGCCUCUAUGUCCAACCCCCUGGGCAUCCUGCUGGCUAACAUCAUCUCUCCCAUGGUGGUUAAAACAUCUGCACAAAUCCCCAACCUGCUGCUUGCCUAUGCGAUCCCAGCAUGCUUCAUCUGUUUCCUAGCAACAGUGGGGAUACGGAGCAGCUCACCCCCCACGCCGCCGUCAGCCAGCGCCGAGUCCUCCAGCUCCGAGCCGUUCAUACAGGGGAUCAAACUGUUACUAAAGAACAAAGCCUACCUCAUCCUGCUGGUGUGCUUCGGUUCGGGCAUCGCUGUCUUCACCUGCUUCUCCACGCUGCUGGAGCAAAUCCUGUGUGUGCAAGGAUACACCAAUGACUUUGCCGGCAUUUGUGGCGCUCUCUUCAUCGUGUUUGGCAUCGUGGGUGCCGCUGCUCUCGGCCUCUACGUCGACAAGACCAAGAACUUCAUCGAAGCCACAAAGAUCAACAUGAGCUUCACUGCUCUGGCAUGCAUCGCCUUCUCAGUGGUGUCUCUGAUACCGAAUCAGAAAGCUGCUGUGGCCGCCGUCUGCUCCUUGUUUGGCUUCUUUGGGUUCUCCAUCUACCCGGUGUCCAUGGAGCUGUCUGUGGAGUGUUCGUAUCCUGUGGGAGAGGCCACAUCAGCCGGACUCAUCUUCGUAUCAGGACAGGUUCAGUCUGUUCUCUACAUCGUCAUCCUCCAGCUUUUAACCACCCGGCUCACAGAAGCUCCUCUGUCAACCUGCGGGGACGCCAUCCUGAGCUGGAAGGUGCCGAUGCUGGUGAUGGCGGGACUGUGCAGUUUCUUCACCUGCUGCUUCCUCAUCUUCUUCCACACACACUACAGACGACUGGAGGCCGAGGAACAGGCCACCUACGGGAACAAACAGCGCGACGUCUGGACGACCAACCAUGUGGAGCACGCUCCGAGUGUGGAGACGUGAACCUGCUGAGAGACUCAUGACGAGGGAGAGACAGAGGGAAUUAUGGGAGUGAUGCCUCCUGCAGUUUGUUGGGUGCAAAACACAGAAGGAAAGUAGUUUGGUUUUGGUUUUGUCGCCUCAGAUUCAGAGGUGAAAGUUUUUUUUGUUUUUAAUCAACAUGUUCUUGUUGAUUCUUUGGUACGACACUGGGGCCAAACUUGUCUUUGUACGCUGAGUUACAAAAACAGAUUCUGUUGAUACUUACAGGUGGAUUAAAUCCUCUGAACAUUAAAACAGCAUAUCUGCAGCAGUAAACUCAGCAGAUAUUCUUCAUCAUUCCGUCACUUAAAUGAAAAAAUACAUUUUAUACUUUUACACAAAAAAGUAUUUUGUACUUUGUAGGAAGGAAAUUAAGUUUAAAUGAUUGUUUUAUAGCCACUUAGUCAAAGAAAUCCACUGAUCAUGUGUAUUUAACUGAUUUUUGGAUUCUCACUGGGUGUUGAGAUGAGCUAAAACAUCAACACCUUUACAUGGGAUCAGUUAACAGCGUAGAACAUGGGGUGUUUUUUAAUUUCAUAUGAACUUAGUAAUUAAAAGAUAAUAAGAAGGCAAACAAAAGCAGUGUGUUUCAGGGAAAUACACAUUCCACGUCUCCCAAUUUUCCCCAAGUGUAACAUCCUGUAGCCUCGUGGAGGAGGUGAUAUUUUUCUGAUAUAAAGAUUUCAAAAAUGACUGUGCUAACAUACAAAAAAUAUUCUGUUUUUUUGCCCUUAUUCUGUAAAAGACAACAUUCCUACGUAGCUGUUUACAUGGCUAAUUUGAGUGAAUAUCCCACUGAUAUUCAGCAACACACUGGUUCCCAACUGGUCCAGCCACAGGAUCCAGAUUUCUCCUCAGUCUUGCGUUAGUUAGUAGCUGUCUGUUAGUCACUCACUAGGUGACAAGGAAACAGCACUCCAGAAUAAAAGUACAGUGCCAUUAAGUCACUGGACUUCAAAAUAAAGUGUGUUUUUCACAAACUUAACCCAUUCCCGAGUCACUUGCGGUCCAUCCAGAAUGGACCACAACCCACCAGUUGGGAGCCACUGAUCCAACAAGCCAUAUAUCAUGUCAAAGAUAUGUAAUGGAAAUGUUUCUGUGGUGGCGGACAUGUUGGACCAUGUGAACACAGUCUCACUCUGUCAUUCCUGCAGCCACCUUCUUGAAAAGGUCGGUGAUGCCAUAUUUCAGCACAUCCAAAAAUCUGUCAAUAUCCAAGUCUUCGUGAUGUUUAAAAGUCUGUGUGUUUUUCCUUGUGAGCUUAAAUGUGGCAUUUUCUUUUAGGUAUGCAUCUCUACCACGGCCCAGCAAAGAGGCGGCGUGUAAAAACUUUAACUGAAACAUAUGUGCCGCACACGUCUAAUCGUGCUCCUAAAACCUGAAUAAUACUGACAUAUCUGGUGUUUCUUAAUCGUAACAUGUUGAAUUCGCAGAAAGGUCUAACUCGGAAUAUCAAAACAGAAUAUUCUGUUUACAUGAAGUCAUUUCUUUCCUUUCUAGCAGCUACACUCAGUUAACUGAAUAAUUUUGUUUUAAUAUCUGUAGCUGUUGAAUGUAGAAGCCAGAAAAGGAGCAUAAAUCAUACACCAAAAUAAUUUACUUUAGGACAGGGCUAUAACAAGUGGCAGUGAUCUACUUCCUGGGAGACAUGAUUCCUUCAUCAGCUGGACGAGAUCAUUUUUAACUAAGUCUCGCUCUGAAUGAGAAAGCAAAGACAAACCCAAAACAAGAUGCAGCUCAUGACUGAGCCUGCUCUGGAACAAGGCACAGUUUCUGUUACAGGAAAAAUUUGUACCUGUAUAUUCUCACAAACUGUCACUGAGGGUUCAUCCCUGAUGUUUCCUCAUCACACAGACUUCUGUUUUGUUGCAACUCAGUGUUCUCGUCUAUUUUCUGCCACUGUGCAGAGACAAACUGCGGACUCUUCCUAAACAUUUUCUGCCGUCAGACUCAGCACAGAGCUGCUCAGAAUAACUCAACGAACGAGUUUUCUGCAGGUUAUUUAUAAAACUAAAUGUAUGGAUUUCAGACCUGAGUAAAGUGAAACCAGACUGUUUCCUGUUGAACAAAUGUGUCUGAGCGGAUAAACCAAACAGGAUAUCACUGUGUUAACUGAAGUGUCUGUCACAGUGUUGUGAUACCCCCAAAAAACAGCUUUUAACCACUUACUAACCACUUUAAAUUGUGUUUAAAAUAAAAAAAGCUUCCAUCUUCAGGACUGCAGACGUAAAACAGUUUUAGUUUUCUAGACGGUUUUGGGUUUUGUGCAAUUAAGGGAGCAAAUUGAACCCCGAUUCUGACAGAUGACAUGUUUAACUUUGUACUGAAUGUCUUUUUGUAACGUCUUCCACUAGUAAAGACCAAUAAUACGAUGUUUUGUAUUUUCCAAAGAGGUAAUGUGUUAAAGAUUUAGAUAACAGGAGGACGUGUGUGACUUCACCUCCUGUGUGUUCAGAUGUAAUCAUGUGAACGAAACGUGAACGCAUGCACUUGUUUCCUCUCACUGCACUGUUCGUAAAGGCCAAGACUGCAAUAAUGAGUUUCUCUGUUUUCUGUUUUAAUGCCUUAAAAUGUCAAUAAAAUGUUACCUCUU